AUGCUGGUAGACUUCUGGAUCAAUAUCUCUAAUUACAAAAAGUCUUUGACCUUCACUGUCUCGCUCAUGGCAAGAUUGUUUUCAAGGCAGCAAUGGUUCUUGCGCCGACAGGAAUCUUGCGCGACGGAGAUAUUUGAGGAAAAGUUCCGCGCAAUCCAGAACCAACGCGGAUGUCUAUCCCUCGCUUCUGGUACUGGAGGACGCCGCCGAUUGGCAGUGAUCUUAGAGGUCAUGCAUAGUUUUGGAUGCACUGACGUACGCGACAGACUAUUCGGCGUCUUGGCUCUGGUAGACUGGGGUCCUGGCAAGGCUGUUGUACCAGACUACGAAAAGGACGGCUACCAGCUUGCUGUUGAAGUACUUCAACUAUAUCUCGAAAACUCCGAAACCAAACCUGUCUCUGGAAUGGCUAUCGAGUGGCCUCGCCGACUAUGGAAAACCUUUGGAGUUGAGAUCCAAGGGCAGGCAAUACGAAACGCGAAAGUGAAGAGAUACAAUGGCUAUACGAUACCGCACUAUCAGUCGCCAUUAUAUUUCGAAUUCGAUCCUCCCCAUAUUAGGAAACCAUUUCGCGGUGUCAAUGGUACUACAGUGGACCCUGGCGAUGAAUCAGGGCAUUCGAGAGAUAUCUGGUAUGGGGUCAGGCUGCUUGAGAACCCGGAUCUCCGCAAAAGUGCCUUGGGUUCAAGCGACCUAGCGCCGCGUUAUCUUUGGUGCGAGGAGCAUGAUUCAAGAUUCUCGUCCAGGGUCACGUCUCCUCUUGUAAAGAUUUUCGAUCAAGAGAAGCGAUCAUUCGCAUGGGCACCAGCAGACACGAAACCGAAUGACUGGCUACUGUUUAGUGCAGCAAGUACAUGGUACAAUCGAACGCCUGCGAUGGUCGUAGUUAGAGACGGCGAUCCAGAUCUUGGUACGUUUCUUAUCAUCGGUCAAGCGUCGAGGAAUCCUGGAUACCCGUAUGGAUAUCAAUACGAGAAAUCUAUCUUGGCAUCCCUCGAGUGGCGACACUUUGAAUCCAACUGGCACGCGGAAGACUUGUUUUUCUUCGACUGGAAUCACAGAAACCGUUCAGUUGCUUUAGUUGCCAACAGGCCAACGAUGGUGGAGACGUCGAAAUGGCUAAAGAUGGAGGUUUGUGCCUACAAAGGCUCAUCAUUCUUCAAAGGCCCACGCACCCCAACAUCGGAUCAUCAGAAGCAUGCGGCAAGGGUGGUCAGUCAGUGGACAGGAAGGCACACGGCAAGACAGUAUGGCAAUGCUGCACCGCUACCCGCGCGGUUUCUCACGCUCAUGCGAUAA